CGUCAAUUGACUUGCCAGAGCUUCGGCCGCCGCUUUCCACCAUGUCCAUGUUCCGGGCCAAGAAGCUCGACCUGGGCUGCUUCGUCAAGGCCCGCACCAUUCGCGACCACACCAAGCGCAAGGUCUUUGAGGAGCAUGAGACGGAGAGACAAGCUCUUCGAUACAUGAUCCGCAACACCACGCUGCCGCCUCGAGUUCGCGCCACUGCCCAGCUGCAGCUCUCCCAGAUGCAUGCCUAUACCCGACCCACGCAGAUCCGCAACCGUUGUAUAAUGGGGGGACAGGGACGCGGUGUGCUGAGAGCGUUUAAGAUGACUAGAUUCAAUUUCCGAAUGGAGGCGUUGGCAGGAAACCUUCCUGGAGUGAAGAGAGCCAGCUGGUAGAUAUGGCAUUUACGAUUCAAUGACGUUUUAUAUUCCGACUUGACUGUAUAAAAUCUGUGUAUGAUAUUGCGUGCGGUUAGACAAACCUCUAAGCAAAGGCGGCUAAAAGGGGAAAGAAGAAAAUGUUCAAUUUAAAGAAAAGAAGAAAAAAAAAACUAAUAAUGAAAGGAAAAGAGGAAAAGAAUACCCUUCUUUUCUCAUAUUGG